UACAAGAAAAACCAAGGAAGAUGAGCAAAUCCCUGAAAAGAAAGCGCAACAGGUUGGAGGUUGAAUCCAAAGAUGCAAAACGCAGGAAAGCUUUACAAUUCCCAAAAGCUGGAUUUAACAAGAAUAAUGGCGACUGUGCUUGUAGUGAUCAAACUGAGCCUGGUCAUCAGAUAGAAAAAACUCAAUCAAAGCAUGAUUUGGAUGAGAUUCAUGAGGACAAAGUAAAAGAGAGUCCAAAAGUAAAUUCCAGCAGCAGAGCAAGUGAAUUAUCAGAAUUUCCUGCAGCAAGGCCUCCAAUUGCACCAACUAUAGUCCAUGUAUCAAGGCCUGAUGAAGUUGAAGAAACAAGGAAGGAUCUUCCAAUAGUAAUGAUGGAGCAGGAGAUCAUGGAGGCCAUUAAUGAAAAUUCCACUGUGAUUAUACGUGGAGAGACUGGAUGUGGUAAAACAACCCAAGUUCCUCAGUUUCUUUUUGAAGCGGGCUAUGGUUCAAGCCACUCUAAUUCUGCACGAAGUGGUAUUAUUGGUGUAACUCAACCCCGCCGUGUAGCAGCCUAUGCGACGGCUGAGCGAGUGGCGUAUGAGCUUGGACUGAAUUUAGGUAAAGAGGUCGGCUUUCAAGUUAGGCAUGACAAAAGGAUGAGUAAAAGUAGUUGCUCCAUCAAAUUCAUGACAGACGGAAUAUUACUACAAGAACUCAAGAGUGAUUUUUUGUUGAAGCAAUACUCUGUCAUAAUUCUUGAUGAAGUUCAUGUGCGGAGCUCGAACACCGACAUACUUAUCGGAAUGCUUUCACGUGUUAUUGUACAGCGUCAGAAAGAAUACGAAAACCAGCAAAAGGCGGUGCUUUUGGGAAAAAACAUAAGUCGUGAACAACAGAUUUUCCCUUUAAAGCUUGUGCUGAUGAGUGCCACCUUGCGAGAAGACUUUAUCAGAAAACUGUUUGGUGAGCCCCCGAUCAUAGAAGUUCCCACUAGACAAUUUUCAGUAAAAGCUUACUACGAAAACAGAACUGAGGAAGAAGGGGAUUAUGUUGAGAAAGCAUGUAAAAAAGUCUUGAAGAUUCACAAGAGACUACCACAUGGAGGCAUACUUGUGUUUGUCACUGGGAAGCGAGAAGUACAGCGCUUGUGUCAAAAGCUACAAGGAGCUUCAAGGGAACUUAUGAAAAGAUCAGUUGAGAGUGAUGCUGAUGAAGUUUCUGAUAUUGAUUCUGUUGAGGAUGAGUUGGAGGGUUAUUCAUAUGAUUCAGAAACAGAAAGUGAACGAGAAUUUUUUCACGAUGACGAUAGGGAUUCAUUGUGCCAAGAUACCCCAAGAUUAGUUGAUGGAAAUGUGACAGAGGUUGCAGGAGAGGAUGGUAGCAUUGUAUCACCUAAAGCCGGUUUCGAUUCUUGGGCUAGAAAAUCUUCAUUGUUCUGUAAUUCAGCUGGGAAAAAGGGUAGUUUUCCAGGCGCACUGCAUGUUGUCCCUCUUUAUGCCAGGCUGAAUGCAGAAGCUCAACUUACAGAAAUAGAAAAAGUGAAGGAGGGAGAACGGCUUGUUGUUGUAGCCACAAAUGUGGCUGAAACCUCUUUAACUAUAAGCGGGAUAAAGUAUGUUGUUGAUACUGGGAAAGAGAAAGUGAAGGACUACAAUUCAAAUGGCAUGGAAACAUAUAAAAUACAGUGGAUUAGCAAGGCAUCAGCUGAUCAGCGUAAAGGAAGAGCUGGAAGAACAGGGCCUGGCCAUUGUUACCGCCUGUAUUCUCAAGCAGUGUAUUAUAACAAAUUCCCUGAUUUUUCCGCACCUGAAAUAUCCGAAGUCCCCUUUGAUGGUGUUGCCCUUCUUCUCAAGUCUAUGAAUAUUCUUAAGAUAUCCAAUUUUCCAUUUCCAACUCCUCCAGAGGCUAGUGCUGUGGAUGAAGCAGAGCGUCUCUUGACGGCCCUUGAAGCAAGUGACACAAAUGGAAGAUUAACACCUUUAGGGCAUUCCAUGGCUUGUUAUCCCCUGCGUCCUCGCCACUCUCGGAUGCUCCUUACGAUUUUUCAAAUCAUGAGUAAACAGAAAAAUCGUGCUCGAGCUAAUUUGGUGUUAGCAUAUGCAGUUGCAGCAGUUGCAUCUUUGAGUUGUUCAAAUCCUUUUCUCAGGCAGUUUGAAGAUAUUCACACUACAAACCAUGACAAUGUUUGCAGCGAUGCGCCUUUGGAGCAUUCAAAUCAAGAGAAGUUGACAAAGAAGAAACUAAAAGAAACUCUAAAAGUGCCUCGUGAAAGGUUUUUCAAUCCCAGCAGUGAUGCUCUGUCCAGAGCUUAUGCUUUGCAGUGCUAUGAAAUAUCCAAGAGGCCAGUGGAAUUCUGCAAUGACAAUGCUCUGCACCCGAAAACCAUGGAGGAAAUAUCCAAGCUGAGAAAGCAGCUCCUCGAACGUGUCUUUGAACAAAGUGGCUUUUCUGGUGGGGAGAAGGAAUUUUCAUGGAUCUAUGGUAGCAUGGAAGAUGUAGAACGUGAUUGGAGGGUUUCCUAUGAUAAGAACCCUCUUUCCUUGUAUGAGGAAGAGCUCUUGGGCCAAGCCAUCUGUGCUGGUUGGGCAGAUAGGGUUGCUAAGCGCAUUAGAGGAAGGAGUUCAUCAGUGUCAUCUGAUUUAGGAGAUCGAAAAGUUCGUGCUGUUCGAUAUCAAGCCUGCAUGGUUAAAGAGACUGUGUUCCUCGACCCUUGGUCAUCUGUUUCUAAUUCAGCCCCUGAAUUUCUGGUGUACAAUGAGCUAAUCCAGACAAGAUCAGGACCGUACAUGUAUGGCGUUACUCGUAUAAAAUCAGAAUGGCUUGUUGAGCAUGCCCGGGCUUUAUGCACUUUCUCUGCACCCCCAACAGAUACCAAACCUUACUACGAGCCUCUAACUGAUCAAAUAUUUCGUUAUGUCAUUCCAGCCUUCGGUUCUCAUUUGUGGGAGCUUCCACCAUUUGGUUUGCCAAUGAAUAAAUUUGAUCAGUUUCGAGAUCGAGUGAAAGCUUUUGCUUAUGCUUUGCUUCAAGGCCAGGUUUUGCCUUGCUUAAAAGUUGUUCGUAAGUGUAUGGCAGAACCUCCUGGUAAUGUUUUAAAGCCGGAGGCAGCUGGUCGACGGAGGGUUGGGAAUCUUUUAGAGAAGCUGAUGAGAAACAAGAUUCAUAACUGCGCUGCGUUAAGACAGGUUUGGAAGGAGAAUCGCAUGGAGUUGCAUCCAGAAUUCCUGGCCUGGUUUAAUAAGAGUUUCCAAACUAGCAGCUUUGAAGCCCUUUGGUCACUCAUGCUUCGUGAAGUUCUUUAGAGUGAUUUCAAGUGAAACAACUAAUGGCUGGUCUGGAAGUUGCUAGUUGGACAACAUAUUCUAUUUAUUGUGCCUUUCAGUAUAUCUAAACAUAUACAUGACUGGGACGGGGUUUAGAUUAUCAGUGUCUGCUAUAAAUUUAUAGGGUUUUAAGGAUUCAAUAAACUAUUUAGUUACAUAUGUAUUACUGGAUAGCAUUAUUUCG